AUGCUAGACAGAUUCACUACCUUCGGAAGAAACGCAGCAGCAGCAGAGGCAUGUAUACAGGAAGUUUCAGUCAAGAUCGUCUCGAACGGCCAAAUAGGCCAAGAUUGGAGAGAGGGCGAGGAGGGUUCUCGUCCUUGUCCUUCGGGGCGGGAUCGGGCCUGGACGAAGCUCGAUGCUUCCACAUCAGACCCGAAGCAAUGGAGAGAUGAUGGGUCAGAAAGCAGAGACCAAGAUGAAGGCAAAGAGCCGAAGCAGGGGAAUGAAACGGCGAGUAAUCAAACAAUUAUAAAAAUCCUCAAGGAAAGACCUCGCCCCGGGAGGGGGGAAUGUAUUGACUGGGGUGAGGGGGCGAGUCUAGGUUUUGGAAGACAGGAUCCUGAACAAGAAAAGCCGAUGGCUGGCGUUGGCGCAGAGACUGGCCGGGGUUAA